AUGUCGUUGAGUGAGCUAGUUUUGAAAACCUUGAUGCCAAGUAACUUUCUCGAAUCGGACGACGAUGAGACGAAAUCGAUAACGGACAGUGACUCGGGCUAUAACAAGAAUGAGUUCAAUGUGUUUAAUGAUUACUUCGGACUGAUAAAUCUCGUGCAAAAGUGCAAGCAAAACGCAAUCCCGAGCAGCGAAAUGGGCUUUUUCGAAGUCGAUGAGUUCAGCAGAUUUCCUCGACGUGAUCGGUUCGACAGUAUUGACUCGGAGAAUUCGUCUUCUGGAAGCUGCGAUUCCUUCACAGAUCUAGGGCUUACUAUUGGCGACAGUAGUGGCUUUCAACCAUUUCCCAACGCGAGUACAUUCCCUGGUAGUGGCAGUACAUAUCGACGAAGAGCCGAUUCGUUGACAAGCUUGUCGCGUCGCGGGAAAGGCACAACAGCAACAGCAAGUCUCCCUCGUGGUUUUAAUGCUCCGUCGGCAAAUCUACCUCAAGUUUGUGUAUUUUGUCGUAACAACGGGGAGCCUGAAGAGCUGUAUACAUCGCAUGUUUUAAAAGGUCCUGAUGGCAAAACAACCUGCCCGAUCCUGCGAGCUUAUACAUGUCCUAUCUGUAAAGCCAGUGGUGGUGACUCGCACACGAUCAAGUACUGCCCUCAAAACCAACAACCUGCGCCGGGAUUUGUCAAUGGAGCACAAGUUACUCGUGUGGGACCACGGCCAAAUCGCACUGUUGGACACAGAAAAACCCGUUGA